CUGUAAAAGAAGAAAUUAGUUCAACAAUAAAUAUUUUUGGAAUGAGUUUUAUGUGAAAUUGUUAGGUUAUGUUUGCGAUUAGUCAAGGGGGCACCCGGGCAGUUUACGUGCUGUUGAAGGUACGCUCUGCCGUAAAAACCUUGCUGUUUUUAUACUUGGUACUCCUCGUGUGUGAGUCGUGACUACGUCUUUCUCUCUUGUGGUGCCACUACAGCGCUUCAGCACAAAAUGCCAAGGAAACCAACAAAUAAACCCUUCUGGGGUGGAUCCGGAGGACGAGGUUUUCCAGCGAACAACUUUGAGGAUAGAUCGAGAAGAGAGUAUUUUGGUCACGACGACAGAAUGGGCCGACCAAACGAAGGGCAAAGGCAUCUACAAAAUCGACAGCGAGUUACGUUCAAAAAACCCAACUACAAGCCCGAUCCAGCUAAAAAAAAUCGUUUCAUAAAACUAGAUGAUGACAUUUUGAUGUCAACUGGCUCCAAUAAUAAUAGCCGACCUGUUGUUAACAUUAUGGGAAGAGGCAAAAACUUUUCUCGAGGAAGAAACAGUCCUCUACCUCGUAGUCACUCGAGAAUGGAUGGUAGAUGGAUAGUGAAUAUGAGUGAUUCCAAUUGGUAUAAAAUAAUUAUUCAACAAGGAAACAAAUAUACAAAAGAAUUUGUUCUUAGCAACUUGCUAAGUAUGAUGGCACCAUGUACAUUUACGCCAAUAGCGUAUAAAAUUCGUGAUAAUGAUGCAGUGUUCUAUGUUGAGGGCUUUAAUGUUGCAAAUAAAUUGAAUAAUUGUGACAAAAGAAUUUCUUGUACUGAUGGCUCUAAAUUAGGACUGAGAGUGUUUCCAGGACAACCUCGAAUCCAAAUUGAUGAUGCUCUCAAGGAAAGAUUGAAACUAGCCAUGGCCAAAAGAUAUAAUCAAGAAACUUGCGCCUUGGACUUGUCUAAGUUUCAUCAAGAUUCAGAUCUGGCAUCAGAAUAUUUUUGUCCUCUGGAUCGAUCAAACAUACUCCAGGUUGUUUUAAAUAUAGUACAUGAACAUAUACCUGGCUUGUUGGCAUUGAAACUGGACUCAAAUAAAUUACAAAACAUAGAUAGACUUGGAACACUUGCUGACAAGUUUGAGAAUUUGAAAAUCCUUUAUAUAGGAGAUAACAAGAUAAAGGAAGUCUCCCACCUGAAUGCUCUUAGAAACUUACAACUAGAAGAGUUAUACCUAGAGGGAAAUCCUCUUUGUAGUAAAUACAAAAAUAAAAAAGAAGAAUAUAUCAAUGAUAUAAGAAAAAGCUUUCCUAAGCUUUUGAAACUAGAUGGUGUUGACUUGCCACCACCUAUUUUGUUUGACGUAGAAGAUCCAGUAAUCAGACUACCACCAACACAGAAAAUAUUUAUUGCUCAAUCAAAUACCAAAGCCUAUGCAAUUGCAUCGCAGUUUUUCCAACAAUAUUUUCUUGUGUUCGACAGUGAAAGUCGUCAACCACUUCUGGAUGCAUAUCACGAAAAUGCUUUGUUCUCUAUGACAGUUAAUGUCCUUCCAAGAUUUAGUCCAUACCAUAAUGAAAACUGUAAUAUUCUCAGAGUGACUGAAGCUAGUCGUAGACACAAAUUGAAGAAAUAUGGAAAAUUGCCUAUUGUGUCAUUUAUAUCAGAAAUGCCUCGCACAAAGCAUGAUUUGAACAGUUUUACGAUGGAUUUGUGUAUAGCUACUGAAGGAAUGAUAUUCAUCUCACUAACUGGUCUGUUCAAAGAACUAAAUAGCAAAGAUAACAAAGAGUUAUUAAGGUACUUCGAUCGACAAUUCAUUAUUGCUCCAGAAGGAGCAGGUUUCUGUGUACACGAAGAACACUUAUCAGUCAGCAAUGCGACACCAGCACAAAAAAAGAAAGCUGAUACUUUGGUUCCUGAACAACCAACUCCUGGACCAUCCACAGCACCAGCACCUAUAGCCAAUGCAGCUGCAUUGACGGAAGAGAUGAAACAACAUAUGGCGAUUCAACUCAGUCAACACACAAAAAUGAUGCCAGAAUGGAGUUAUAAGUGUUUGGAAGAAGUUCAGUGGAAUUAUGACAAUGCUCAAUUAGCAUUCCGAGAAGCAUUAUCAUUGAACAAAAUUCCUCCCAAUGCUUUUAUACAAUAAGUUUAUUAAUUUUAAGCUAGAUUUUUUGUACACACGAAAAACAACUUAUGUGUAAUUUCUAGAGUAAAGUGUAAUGUAAAAUACGUAAAGAAAUUGUUUGCAAGCCUGAAUGCAGGUUGUUCUCUAAGAUUACUAUAUUUUAUGUUUGAUUUUGGAGCGAAUGAUAAAAAUGUUGGAAAAACUAUGAAUAAUUGCUAAUAAUGAUUUUAUAAUACUUUUAAGGGCUGUGCUGGUUUCUGUAGCUUAAUAAGACCCUUUUAAGAAAAUUUUUCUUGUUCAUAGAUAAACGGCCGCGCUUGAAAUUUUUUUAUUAUUUCAUCGUGUGUAAGGUACUUUGACAAAACUAGUUUUUUAUUGAGUCGUCAAUCUUUGUCAUUAAAAUGGCAUAAAUCUUUACUACUGUCAUCUCUUGAUAUAUGUAUAGUAUCAAGAUCAUUCAAUAAGUUUAUUUAAAUUCGCGUAUAAUGCUUGUGAUCGAGUAGCAUUGAAUUCUAAUUUUAUUUGCGAUGCGUACCAUCGUUAUAAAUGAAAAAUAAACAUCAACAAGUCUAUUUUCAUACAUGAAUAAUUAAUUUAUUAGUUGAAUAUUGCUUUGUACUUUCGAUAAAUGGCUAAUUUCCGACCAUAAUUAUGAAUGAAAAUGAUAAAACAGCAUUUUUUUUCAUUCUGUAAUUGUAAUAAUUUGCCAAUCGUGUAAAUAUUUCAACCCGCACAACGACUGAAACGUUGAUCCAACAGUUGUCUACUUAUGAGACACGUUUGUUAAGUAAGUGUAAAUAAUGAAUAAAAAGAUGAA